AUGCCAUACUAUGUCCAGAUAGUAGUGAGAGGUGCUCUCAGUAGCAGCCUAUAUGUCCUCACCACCCUUAGCCGGGAGACUGCCGACUAUUUCUUCCGACAACUGCAAGAGCACACUGCCAUAACGGCGUUGGGAUUUACUCCACUUCAAACAAUCUACACCCCCACGUUCUGGUCUAUCCAGUCAACCCACGAGAAUACCGCCAUGUUAUUGACCAAUCUCAUCACCGAAAUCCACCAGGGCACGAACCGGGACAUCCCAGAGCAAGCUCAAAAUUGGCUGAGAGGGAAACUCUUCAUCGGCCCCCUUACCAACCAGAUAGCUAUCAACCCGACCAAUCCUCCAGACGACAAUGCUUCUGGCCACGUCAACAAUCGAUGCUACUACAUCCGCAACCGAAAUGCACCAGAUUGGUGGUUUGUGCGUCCCGAUAAAGUUGAAGUGAAGGUUUCAACAAGGUACCGUUCGAAAUUCUGCCUCCAAUUGUGCCCUAGGCGCGUUGAAUCUCUGGUCCUAGUCGGCAGAGACAUUUUACAGCUCACGUUGAUGGAAAGGGGUAACACACACCGGUCUGUGUCCCUUUCCUCAGACAACCGACACCGUUUGAUAUGCCCCUUAGGCGGUAACGUGAUAGAUCCUUUGAAGUUCUUCUUCUGUGAUUUUAGGGAAGGGGGGUUAGUGUUACUACGCCAUCUCAGGAACAGGAUCCUUUUCUGCAGUGGACGCCGGGUGGCGCUUUGGCUAAUGAAGGGCCGGGGGAGGAUUGGAUGCUGGUCGCUUCGGAGAUUUUACCGCGCUGAUGUUGAGGAUUUUAUAUAUCUGUUUGUCUUCGGCACAAAGGCUACGCCAUCAGCUCUCAUGGCAACCCACACCGACGAAGAGUCUGCUCUUCCCUCCAACAACCCCAUCAUCAUCAGCACCGGUGAGGUCCUCUCUCUUCUGGGAGCCCUCAUAACCCUGAAGCUUCUCCACGCUAUCGCAUUCCUAUUUCGCCUGGACAAGAGCCGAAGACGACCACUGAAAAGCCCAGUCACUCGAGCUAUCGUUCGCCGAGAGCAACUGAUCAUUGAUAUUUUCUUAUCCAUCAUGCCCGAGGGUGUCUUCCGCUCGCCCACCAUUCGGGAUACAAUCGAGAUAGCACAUUUGCCAGCAGUCGACGGCCCUGCCGAUGAGAUCCGGACAUCGUCUGACGUGCAGAGCCCUCUUAUUCAUACCUCACCCGGUAUACCCACUGGAUUCCGUCUGUGGCAGCGUGGGUCAAGCCGCGGCGUGGAACCGUUUCCUCCCAGCCCUCAACUCCCAGGAUCAGCAAGCCAAGCAGCAGGCUACUCUGCGCCAACGAAGAAGAACAAAGUCUCUUGUCUGUCACUCAUACUGUGGAUCAGGACAGCGUAUCUACUUUGA